UCAAAGCAGACGGUUCGGUCUCGGUCUCGGUUACGGUUACAGUACACUGCGUUUGGGCCUGGUUUAAAAGUCUAAACUCGAUACGUUUACGACUCGAUACGAAUUCGAUUCGAUUCGAUUUGAUCUGAUUCUGUGCGCCGUUUUGCCUGCCCCGCGUGGCCAUGUGAAGUGCUCGGUCCAACGAAAUUUAAAUUUAUCCCUGAUAAAGCCUUUGAAACGAAAGAUAACGAUCUAUAUAUGUUGAUAUAUAUAUAGUAUAAUGAUUGUGCCAAGAACUGUGCUCUGAUUAGGCAAGAAAAUUGCAAGUGACCACCGGAGUGUCGUAGAGUGCAAAAAUACAAGGAGCAUCGAUCGAGAUCAGACCACCAUCACCACAGACCCGCCAUCAUCAGGAUGGGCUUCUCAUCGGCCCUGCAAAGCCGGGCCGCCCACGAGGCGCUGAUUGUGCGCCAGGAUGCUGAGCUUCGGCUGAUGGAGACCAUGAAGAGAUCCAUACAAAUGAAGGCCAAGUGCGACAAGGAGUACGCCAUCGGUCUGACAGCUGUGGCCCAGCAGGGCCUAAAGAUCGAUCGGGCUGACGAAAUGCAAGGCAGCCUGAUCACCAAAUCCUGGCGUUCCUACAUGGAUGAGCUGGACCAGCAGGCAAAACAAUUCAAAUUCAACGCCGAGCAGCUGGAAGUCGUUUGCGACAAGCUGACACAUCUUUCACAGGAUAAACGGAAGGCAAGGAAAGCCUACCAGGAGGAGCAUGCCAAGAUUGCAGCUCGCCUGAAUCAUCUCACCGACGAGGUGGUGCGCAAGAAGAGCGAAUACCAAAAACAUUUGGAGGGCUACAAGGCGCUGCGCACGCGCUUCGAAGAGCAUUAUAUCAAGGCUCCUGGUCGCAGUGGCCGCAAGCUGGACGAUGUCCGUGACAAGUACCAGAAGGCCUGCCGCAAGCUACACCUCACCCACAACGAGUAUGUGCUGUCCAUCACCGAGGCCAUUGAAGUGGAAAAGGACUUUCGCACUGUCCUGCUGCCAGGUCUCCUGGAGCACCAGCAAUCCGUUCAGGAGAGCUUUAUCCUGCUGUGGCGCAAUAUCCUCCAAGAGGCAGCCCAGUAUGGUGAUCUCACGGCAGACAAGUACAAGGAGAUCCAAAAGCGCAUUGACACUGUGAUAGGCGGCAUUAAUCCGACCGAAGAGUAUGGCGAGUUUACCGAGAAACACAAAACCUCCCCCACAACCCCGCUGCUGUUCCAGUUCGAUGAGGCGCUUAUCGAGGACAUACCCGGCAAACUGCAGUCCAGCACCCUGACGGUGGAUAACCUCACAGUGGACUGGCUUAGAAACCGACUCCUGGAACUCGAGGGAGCUGUAAAAGAGUGCCAGGAGAAGCAGCUGAAGAUGAUCGAGCAUGUAAAUGGCGGCUCACCAGUGGCCAAUGGCAGCAUUAUUUCCAAUGGCAGCAAUACAUCCAAUGGCAUUCAGUCCAACAAGGAUAGUCAGUGCCGACAAUCCAAGGACCUGAAUGCCCUGCGAUGCCAGGAGAAGCAGAAACAGAAGCUAGUGGAUAUGAUCAAGUGCGCCCUGAACGAGGUGGGCUGCGAGGAGCUGCCCUCGGGUUGCGAUGAUCAUCUCACCCUGGAACAGAACUUCAUUGAAAAUGGCUACAACAAUGAGCAGCAGCGCUCCAACUCCACCAGCUCACCUGGGCUGGGCCUUAUGAAUGAACUGAUGCGUCGCGGUGGGGUUUUGACCUUGUUGCGCGGACGCGGACGCCACUGUAAACGCAAGUCGACACCGCAGCCAGCGACACCUAUGACGAGAUCACGUCAGGGACGCUUCAAUAAGAUGCAGCCACGCUCCCAGAGCCUUGGAUCCUUGUCGGUAAUUGGGGGUCAUGGGGAUUCCAGGAGUCCUGCACGCUACGAGACAAUUACUAACCAUCCUUUGCGUUUGGCGGCCAGUGUCCAUUAUUUGGGCGAAGAGAUCUCGCUGGGGGCCACGCCUCCUGCCCUGCCGCGCCUGCGCCGUACCCAGUGUUCCAUGUUGUGUUUGGGCGAGGAUGAGGAGCCGCAGGAGCCGUUGCCGGCGGCUACCAUAACCUCGCCCGCUCCGCUCACCCAGCUAACCGCUGCUGUCCUUACUAACACUAACAACAAUCACAUCUACGCGGAUCUCGAGCUGGGCAGGAAGAGCCUAGAGAGGCGGCAGGAGAGCGACGAGGAAGAGGAAGACGGGCAGCUUCCUUCUGGAAAGAGAGAGCAAGUGAAGAUAGAGAUCAACCAGACGGCGGCGCCACAGAACUCCAUCGAUGCCCAUUUAGACAGGAUCGAUGAGCUGAACCGCGUGCUAGACGAUCGCUUGAAAAGAAACCUCCAGACCAGCGAUGAUGUGAAUGCCAUUGAGUCUGCCGAAGAGUCGGGUCAGGUUCAGGCCCGAAAGAUAACCAAAGAUCCGGAUAGCCACACCAAGCGUAGCUCCAGCUCAAGCUCCGAGUGCCGAUCCUCCCAGCUAAGUGCCAAGGAUAUGGGUCAUUCCAAGAAGAGAUCCCUCUCCUUUACCCAAAAGUCCAUUAGCAAUAUAUUCAGCAAUCUCAAGGAGUUCUCCAAGAGUCCUCUAGUGAGAAUGGGAAAGAGUAGCACCCUCAGCGAGGAGCAGGAUCCGGAGAAGCUUCAGUCCAGCAGUAGUGACUGUCAGACAAAUAGCAGCAGUUCCUCCAGCCACAACAAUAAUAACCACACCAGCAGCAACAGCAAUCACAGUGCCUCCCAAUCCACGAUCAUUACGAGCACCAUUACCACCACCAUAACGACAACCACUACCACGACGCCGUCCAAGGAAACCAAGGAGUCAAGACUGAAAUUCAAGGUGCCCAAGAUCCAAAAGAAAUCAAAGGCCAUCCGCAACACAUUCCGCUCCAAGUUGCUUAACUUCCAACUGAAACGUUCCAAACCCUGCAAGCAGUGCACCAAGCGAAGGCGCAUCCAUCCCAGCAAAAGUGUCUUUGAUUUUGCUCGAGAAUUCGAGGGGGAUCAGUCGGAGGACUCGGCUCGAGAGGAUCAGUUCUGCAACUGCCCACAGCCAUCCGUGCAGAAAUCAAAGCCAUCCGUUCAAAUUACAGGACACAAGGAGCGUCCGUUCGAGUCCAGUUCGGGGGAGCUGGAUGAGAACGACGAUGAUCAUGAUCAUGAUAAUGAGGAUAGCGGCAGUGACGAUGUGCUUAGCAUGAAGGAUCACUGCUACUGUGUGCCCAGCCUGGCGGCCAGUAUAUCUCUGUCCACGAAUCGUCCGCUCUAUGAGGAGGAAUGGUUCCAUGGCGUCCUGCCCCGCGAGGAGGUGGUCCGGUUGCUUAACAAUGAUGGCGACUUUCUAGUUCGCGAAACCAUCCGCAAUGAGGAGAGCCAAAUUGUGCUGAGUGUCUGCUGGAAUGGCCACAAGCACUUUAUUGUCCAGACCACGGGAGAGGGUAACUUCCGGUUCGAGGGUCCUCCUUUUGCCAGCAUCCAGGAACUGAUCAUGCACCAAUAUCACUCCGAGUUGCCAGUGACGGUCAAGUCGGGGGCUAUCCUCCGGCGACCGGUGUGCAGGGAACGCUGGGAGCUGAGCAACGAUGAUGUGGUGCUGCUGGAGAGGAUUGGCAGGGGCAACUUUGGCGAUGUUUACAAAGCCAAACUAAAGUCCACAAAACUUGAUGUGGCUGUCAAAACCUGCCGCAUGACUUUGCCGGAUGAACAGAAACGCAAAUUCCUGCAGGAGGGUCGCAUCCUUAAGCAAUAUGAUCAUCCCAAUAUUGUCAAAUUAAUUGGCAUUUGUGUCCAAAAGCAGCCCAUAAUGAUUGUGAUGGAACUGGUGCUGGGAGGUUCCCUGCUCACUUAUCUGCGUAAAAACUCCAAUGGCCUCACCAAUCGCCAGCAAAUGGGCAUGUGCAGAGAUGCAGCGGCAGGCAUGCGUUAUCUGGAGUCCAAGAACUGCAUUCAUCGGGACUUGGCGGCGCGUAAUUGCCUGGUGGACCUGGAGCACAGUGUAAAGAUCUCUGACUUUGGCAUGUCGCGUGAGGAAGAGGAAUAUAUAGUGUCCGAUGGCAUGAAACAAAUACCCGUAAAGUGGACAGCUCCCGAGGCCUUGAACUUUGGCAAAUACACCUCCUUGUGCGACGUCUGGUCCUAUGGCAUACUGAUGUGGGAGAUAUACUCCAAGGGCGAUACACCAUACUCUGGCAUGAGCAAUUCCCGGGCCAGAGAACGCAUCGAUACGGAAGGGUAUCGCAUGCCGACGCCAGAGAAUACCCCAGCGGAAAUGUAUCGCCUGAUGCUCAAGUGCUGGGCGGCAGAUGCCGAGUCCCGGCCGCAUUUCGAUGAGAUCUAUAAUGUAGUGGAUGCCCUGAUCCUGCGCCUGGACAACAGCCACUGAGAGCGUCCAUUUAAACGUCCCUUAGCAUACUCAAUCUAGGUUUAGUCAGCGCUUUUAAAGUACGUCAUGUCCGAGGAAAGGACUUAACAACGAGAUGCCUGUAUUUAUGAGAUAACAACUAAACUUAUACAUUUUACCACAUAAAUCAUAUUUAUAUAGAGACGUAUAUAUAUAUAUAUUUUCUAGCCAUGUAACUGUAAAUUUCGUACUGUAAUGUGUGUGCUGUCUGACUGAUCCUGAUCGUGUAUGUAUGAAAUGAAUCCUUAAUGUGCCAAAAACCGCAAAGAGAUCUUAAAAACGAGAAAAUAAAACAAAAAAAGAAAA